UAUCUUAGCUUUAUUUUCUCUUGUGGAUAUUAAUUAAAAUGUAAUAUUUAUUUAAUUAAUGAUGUCAUCCCCUACGCUUUGAAAAAUUGUUGUGGCAACCCUACACACACACACACACACACACACACACACACACACACACACGCACACACACACACACACACCACAGGUACAUGCAACAUGCCUGGACAGAAAUUAGUGAGAUUAUUGUAGAGAACAGAAAGAAGAUGAUGUUUUGUCUUGUGUUAUCAAAAUUGUAUUUGUAGAUUGUUGUUAGUGAAUUGUGCCAUUUAUGACAAUGAAUACUUUUAGGGCCAGCUUGUGUCAAGCUUAGUUGCUAUUCUGAGGAUUAUGGAUGUGCAGCAUUAUCGUGAUUACAUUUCUAGCUUUGUGGACAGAGAACCUCUCUUGGAGUUUCUAAUUGAGGUGUUCGGUGUUUUUAUGGAUCUUGUCACUCGGCAGCCAUAUUCCCAGGAUUGGUUUGUAAUGGCAAUGCUACAUAACAGUGGCAUUCUUUCUGGCAUUACAUCGUUUUCGGAGGCUCUUUAUACACACUUUCUGACUGUGGAUUUAUUUGACUUGCAGUUGUGGAACACCUAUUUUCAUCUUAGUGUUGCUUUUGUGUGCCAAGAGACUCUUCACUUAGAGAAAUAUUCAUUGCCUAAGCAACGCAAAGUAUUACGAAGGUAAGAAACUUACUAGCUGUCAAAGCCUUAAUGAUCAAGAGUUUGGAGAGGCAUUUGAAUGUCUGUCACAAGUAGUUGUUUUUUGUUUUUAUUUGGAGGUGCAGUCAUUUGUGGUUUAACUGAAAGAGAAGCAUUUUGAUGUGGCUCUUAUGAAAUUUAGUUAGGAUCUAUGUAACAGACAUAAAAUAUGUGCCUUUCUUUGGUGUACUUUAAUCACUAAACUUUAGUAAGGUCAGUAGCAGUAGCUUAGGCUGCGGUCACACUACAUCCACAUUGCCAUUGACAUUUCCGUUAUGUUGGUCACACGUACAGUUGAUAGCUCAUUAGCGUAAUGUGAAUGCCAAUGUAAA